AUGAUCUCCACUGCAUCCUUUGGACUGGCUCUUGUCUCACUCUGGGGUGCUGGCAUUGUCUCUGCGGCACCGAGUCUCACUCUGAGCACCUUUGGCCCAACGUCCGUUUCCGACGUCUCGGCGCUUAAAAUCACCACAUCCAUCAAGAACACGGGAACUGAGACACUUCGCUUGCUCAACGACCCCAACUCUGCACUUUCCACUUGGGAGACCGAUAGCUUCCAUGUUACUCGCGCCGAGUCCAGUCUGGUUGCCAGCCCUGCACUGAACUUUACUGGUCUUCGGGUCAAGUAUAGUCCGCAAGCAGCCGCAAAGCUCAACAAACCCGAGCUAUUUACUGUCAUCGCCCCAGGAGCGACAGUUAAUAUUACACACAGUCUGGCAUCAACGUACGACUUUUCCGGGAAGGGUGGUGGAGCUGGCAAGUACAAGCUCAAAUCCUCUCAACGAGCCCGAACCUUCCUCUCCAUUGGCGCGGAUGGCACCAUCACACCGCUCGAGGCAACUGAAGAUAAAAUUGCCGAAGUCGCAGUCUCUGGUCGUCUUUCUGGGCCCAAGCUUCAGCCAAGCGCAAAAGGUGCUGCUCAAGCGAGUGGUUCUUUCCAGCAGGCGUCCGGAAUUUCGAAGCGUGCGCUCGUGAGAGGGUGCAAUAAUGAUCAGAUCAACCAGAUUUUGACCGCUGCUGAUCGGGCAAAUAACAUGGCCCAUGGGGCCCACGGCUUCUUACGCGAUGGUCCCUGGGCUACGAGGCGUUGGCAAGAGUGGUUCGGAGGUUGGGAUCAGAACAGAUACAACUUGGUCUGGGGGCACUACGAUAAAAUUCGCUUCAACCCUCCCGACUUUCUUUAUGACUGCACUUGCACUGAUGAGGGAAUCUACGCAUAUGUUGUUAUUCCCGGACAUUUUAAGGAAGUUUACCUCUGCGGCGCAUUCUGGCGUGCACCGAUGGAAGGCACCGACUCGAAAGCAGGAACAAUUAUCCAUGAGGCAUCCCACUUCCCAGAGUACGCCGGUACUUCUGACCACGCAUACGGUCAAGGAGCAUGCCGCGACCUUGCGAGGAAUGAUCCGAACCGGGCAGCUAUGAACGCAGAUUCGCACGAAUACUUUGCUGAGAAUCAGCCAUGGUUGGGCCAGUAG